AUGAAGAAGUCUGAAAGAUUACCAUGUGACCCCACAUUCAUCCUUGGAUGUGCUCCUUGCAAUGUAAUCUGCUCUAUCAUUUUCCAGAAAUGUUUUGAAUAUAAAGACCAGAAAUUUCUAUAUUUAAUGAAGCUUUUGAAUGAAAACGUCAAGAUCGUAAGUUCCCCAUGGAUGAAGGUCUGCAAUUCUUUUCCAUCUUUAGUAUGUUAUCUCCCUGGAUCUCAUCACAAAGUAGUUAAAAAUAUUCACUUAAUACAUGAAUUUAUUUUGGAAGAAGUGAAGGAGCACCAAAGAUCACUUGAUCCCAGCAACCCUCGGGACUUCAUUGAUUGUUUCCUGAUGAAAAUGGAGCAGGAAAAGCAACAACCACAGUCUGAAUUUAACAUUGACAACUUGGCCCGUACUGUACGUGAUCUAUUUGGUGCAGGAACAGAGACAACAAGCACCACCCUGAGAUAUGGACUCCUGCUUCUCCUGAAAUACCCUGAGAUAGAAGGAAAACUUCAUGAAGAAAUUGAUCGUGUGAUUGGCCGAGAUCGAAGUCCCUGCAUGGAGGACAGAAGUAAGAUGCCUUACACCAAUGCUGUGAUACAUGAGAUACAGCGAUACAUUGACCUCAUUCCCACCAACGUGCCCCAUGCGGCAACAGAAGAUGUUCAAUUUAGAAAAUAUCUUAUCCCCAAGGGAACUACCAUCAUACCAUUCCUGUCUUCUGUUUUAUAUGAUGAUAAGGAGUUCCCUAAUCCAGACCAGUUUGACCCAGGUCACUUCCUGGAUGGAAGUGGCAACUUUAAGAAGAGUGACUAUUUCAUGCCUUUUUCAACAGGGAAACGGAUAUGUGCUGGUGAGAGUCUGGCUCGGAUGGAAUUAUUUCUAUUUUUUACUACCAUCUUACAAAAUUUUACCUUGAAAUCUCCCAUUGACUCAAAAGAUAUCGACAUCACCCCAAUUGCCAGUGGAUUAGUCAAAGUACCCCCUUCCUAUGAGCUGUGCUUUCUACCUUCCUAAAAUAUGUGAAGGACCAGCCCUAGUUUCAACUGCUCUAGAGUCUCUUCAUGUUCUAUGAACAAGAUGUAUUCAUUCCAUUGCCUGCCAAUGAAAGCCCUCUAUGAUUUCUGCCCAAAAUACUCUUCUAGCAUAAUCUAAUACUCCCUUUACCUUUUGCCAAAAUCAUGAUUUAUUUUCCCUCAAACUGCCCUAGAAAUUCCCUGUUGCUGGAAUAUUUCCUCUUUUUUCUUAACUUUAGCUCCACUGACAGAAAUCUCACCCAUCCUUCUAAUCACAAUUUAGGUGCCAUAUGCCUGUGACCUCUUUAGUUCUUACAGUCUGUAUUAUUCAAUUUAAGCCUGAAUUAUAUAUGCAUCUUAUAUUGUGUGUUCUAUCC